GGCAGCCGCAAGAUGGCGGCGCCCUGCGGCUCCUCGCCCCUCCCGCCCGCCGAGCCGCCGCUGAAGAUCCCCAAGAUGGAGGUGCUGUCCCCCGGCUCGCCCGCCGCCCUCAGUGACGGCAACCCCAGCCUCUCCGACCCCUCCACUCCUAGCGGCGCCUCCCCGCUGGGCCCGGGUCCGGCGGCCGGCGGGGCUGGGCUGGGGGGCCGCGGCGGGGCCUCGCCCUCCGUCUCCUUCUCCCCGGGGGGAGCUGCCGCCGCCGCCGCCGCCGCCGCUUGCCGGGGGAUGUCGUGGACUCCGGCGGAGACCAACGCGUUGAUCGCGGUUUGGGGCAACGAGCGGCUGGUGGAGGCGCGGUACCAGCAGCUGGAGGGCGCCGGCACCGUCUUCGGCAGCAAAGCCCCCGGGCCUGCCAUGUACGAGCGGGUCUCCCGCGCCCUGGCCGAGCUGGGCUACGAGCGUACCCCCUCUCAGUGCCGGGAGCGCAUCAAGACCCUUCGCAGGUGCUACAGCCGCGUGAAGGAGCACGGUGUGGGGAAGAGGAAAAGCAGCUACACCUUUGAGCAGCUGGAGCAGGUUUUUGGGCAGGGGGGAUGGGACUCCCAGCCCUGCCAGCCUGUCCUCAUCAACAGCAGCGGCUUGUACCAGGAGCUGGAGUCAGAUGGCAGCACAAUGGAGGAGUAUUCACAGGAGGAUUGGGGAAACCACAGUCAGGAGCUUCACUGCUACCAGACCGGCGAGCAGGAAUUGGAUGAAAUGCCUCCCACAAAAAGGACAUUAAAGAUAAAGCAGGAAUCUUCAGAAGACACGCAAACAUCUGGAAGGCUCCACAGCUCCAACCCUCCUCGGCUUCAGUCUGCAGCACACGAAACAAAACCCAGGCCAGGACUUCCAAGGGGGAGAAAACUUGGGAUUUUUUUUUUUUUCAGAUUAUUUUUAGAACUUUCCAGAGCUGACUUGUGGCCUUUUGGGAAGCACGACGUCAUGCAGAACAUUAUGCAAAUCUUGGAGUCAGUCCAGUUGAAGUGGGAGCUGUUUCAGAGCUGGACGGACUUCUCCAGGCUCCACCUUUCUAACAAACUGGCCAUUUUUGGCAUUGGUUACAACACCCGUUGGAAGGAGGACAUCCGUUACCACUACGCAGAGAUCAGCUCCCAGGUUCCUCUGGGCAAACGGCUCCGGGAAUAUUUCAACUCGGAGAAACCCGAGGGUCGGGUCAUCAUGACCCGAGUGCAGAAAAUGAACUGGAAGAAUGUUUAUUACAAAUUCUUGGAGAUCACCAUCAGUGAAGCCAGGUGCCUGGAGCUGCACAUGGAGAUCGACUGGAUCCCCAUCGCUCACUCCAAACCCACCGGCGGGAACAUCGUCCAGUAUUUACUACCAGGAGGGAUUCCCAAAAGUCCUGGUUUGUAUGCCAUCGGAUAUGAGGAGUGCCACAAGAAACCCCCUUCUCCUCUGGCCGAGCACCAGGGGCCUGAGCCAGGCAAUGAGACUCCAGGGGAGAUGGAGGUCCCUUCUCCACAAGCCUCCCUCCGGGUGGAUAUGGAAUCUGCCCGGAUUAUCUACUGUUACCUCGGCAUUGCUGAGGUCCGGACUCUUCAGCAGUGCCUGUUUUUACAUUUUCAGGCAAACACCAAAACCUUCAGCAAAGAUUGGGUGGGGAUCAACGCCUUUUUAUCUCAGAACUGCGUUGUCGAGCCCGGUGUCUCCCCCAAAUCCAUCUACAUCAAAUUUGUGGAAGUGGAGAGGGAUUUUCUUUCUGCUGGCUCUUUGGUAGAGUGCCUGGAAAAAGCCAUCGGAUACCCCUUAAAAUUCAACAACUGAGUCUUGUCCUUCAUAAGGAUUCGGGCUUUCUGCCCCCUUUUUCCAUCUUGCUACCAGACACUUUCAGAUUCAGCCCCUUCACCAUCAGAUUUUCCUCCUGGAAAUGAAUUUUGGGGUGAGAAGAGGUUUGUUUUUUUCCGGGGCAUUUUCCACGGGCUCAUCCCCAUGCCUGGUUUUCCUCCGGGAGCAGUGCAGCCAGAAGAAGCCCCCGGCCCAUGAAAUUACUGUAGGUACAUUCCACAUGGGAUGAGCUUGUCCACGUGGUGUUUUCAUACAAAAAAACCUGUUUGGUUUUUGUUGUUGUUGUUGUUGUGUGUUUUUUUUUUCUUUAUUCCACAGUGUCUCGUUUUUAUGCAUCCGUCUCUCUUGUCAGUGUUAUUACAGAGCUGAAUAAUUAAGCAAUAGAUAAUGGCAAGUCGGACCUUGGGGCACGUUCAAGGAGACUGUUUUUCAAAGAUAUUGUAUAUAAUUUAGGACUUCACUUUUUUGGUUUCUUUCUCACUCGUCAGGUGUUUCUCUCCAAACAGUGUUGCCUGCAAAAAAAAAACCCCAACAAAAAGACUUUGGUUUCUGGGACAUCUCCCACCUCCCUCGUAGCAUUGCUACUUUUAUUUUAUUAUUUUUAACAUUAAAAAUAAUUCCUGGCCUUUUUUUU